AGCACAAAACUAUGAACUUUUGUAAAAAUUUAAAAUGGAUUUGAACGUUAUUUCGGAUGAUACUAAAGUAAGAAAAAUUGAAGAUAUUAUAGAACUCCAGAAAGCGUCUGGGAAAAUAAAUGCACGACAGGUUCUUUUCCAAAUUCCAAAUGACUCGGAAGGUGUUUCAGAUAACUUGACGAGAAGUUUAGAUAACGGUCUGUCGAAAAUCAAAUCAGAACUUCGCAAACAUGCUAAAAAAAGCCAAAGAAAAAUUAGUGCUUGCCGAACGUUAUUGCCAGAUGCGGUAUCUUGGCCAAGUGACUCAGAUAUAACAGUGUUAAGAAUGAAAUUAUGUCUCAACAAUAAUUUGAAAGAUAACGUGACAAUUCCUGGAGAUGGUCUCCAUCAACCUAACAGUUCGUCAAUGAUUAAUCUGGCAACACUAAUGUUGCAAUCGCCACAACCUUCAAAGCAUAGCAUUUUCGAAGAAAUGUUAUUUCCUUUGUCUUCUUGGGAAGGCUCUGAAUUGGAAACGAAGAUUGAAACCAAGGAGAAAUCCCCAAAAUACUCGCACAACAAAGCAGUACUUCAUGCUGCUUGUAGUCAAUAUAACAAUAAAGCUUUUUCAAAGGCGAGUGAUUGUACCGAUCUCGACGCAAAAUCUAAAGUAGCGAGAUUUUUUCGUCUUUACUUUUGCCCUUGUUGUUCUUGUCUGUACAAUAUGGAGAAAAUGCGAGAGGAGCCAUCCGCGUAUUUCACAAACAAAAAAUUGUAAAAAUGUUUUUGAAUAUCAGAUACUUUAUGUUAAACAAAAACGCCUGUGAAUAAACAUUGGCAAUUUCCAUACUUUCA